AUGGCCACAAACAUCACCCACCACGCCGGCAUCACGCGCAAUGAGCGCAACCAGCUCCGCAAGCAGAAAGGCCUCACAAUAUGGCUGACCGGCCUCUCCGCCUCCGGCAAGUCUACCAUUGCCGUUGAGCUGGAGCACCAGCUUCUCCAGCGCGGUCUGCACGCCUACCGCCUCGACGGCGACAACGUGCGCUUCGGCCUGAACAAAGAUCUCGGUUUCUCCGACGCUGAUCGCAAUGAGAACAUCCGGCGCAUUGCAGAAGUCGCGAAGCUCUUCGCUGACAGUUCCUCAAUCGCCAUCACGAGUUUCAUCUCUCCUUUCCGGGCUGACCGUGAUACCGCGCGGAAACUGCACGAGGUCCCUACGCCGAAUGAUAGCACUGGUUUGCCAUUUGUCGAGGUAUUCGUUGAUGUGCCGAUUGAGGUUGCUGAGAAGAGAGAUCCCAAGGGGUUGUACAAGAAGGCCCGUGAGGGAAUCAUCAAGGAGUUCACGGGUAUUAGCAGUCCGUAUGAGGCGCCUGAAAACCCGGAGGUUCAUGUGAAGAAUGUGGAUCUACCGAUUCAGGAGGCUGUCAAGCAGAUUAUUGACUACUUGGAUAGCAAGAAGUUGCUUGAUGCUUAG